AUGGCUACCGACAUUGCUAUUGACACGACCAUGGGUUCAUUUGUCGUGGAACUCUACAAUGAACAUGCCCCAAAGACCUGUAAAAACUUCGCAACCCUUGCCCAGAGGGGAUACUACAACGACAUCGUCUUCCACCGCAUCAUUCCCAACUUCAUGAUUCAAGGCGGCGAUCCUACCGGCACCGGCCGAGGAGGAAGCUCCAUCUACGGCGAGAAAUUCGAAGACGAGAUCCAUGCAUCGCUGAAACAUACGGGAGCUGGGAUCCUGAGCAUGGCCAACAGCGGACCAAACACCAACGGCAGCCAGUUUUUCAUCACCCUGGCUCCCACGCCUUGGCUGGAUGGCAAGCACACAAUAUUCGGGAGAGUCAAGAGCGGGAUGAGGGUUAUCCAGCGCAUGGGAUUGGUGAAAACAGACGGUGAGGACAGGCCUCAAGAUCCAGUCAAGAUUGUCAAGGCGCGCAUCGUGGAGGAAGGAACCGAAGAUUGA